AUGCAGCCGGUCUUCGAGCUAUCUUUAGCGAACAUAUUGCCCCCCGCAACGGUCCUGACAAUGGUCUCGGGCGUUUGGUCAAUCUACGUCUUCCUGCAUCUGUUACCGAUGUUGCAGCUUGACAUGCCUGCCGAGCAUGCAGACUCCGAGGUGGCCUUUCGGGGCAAGAUCCAGCUUCUCAUCUCUCAGGUCUUAGCUGGGCUGAUGAUGGUAUGUUUCCUCAGGGCGUCCCUAACGCCACCCGGCUCCGUGCCGGAGGCCGUUGAGUGGCGAUUUGGCGCCUUCAAGGAUCCGAACAUGACAAAAGAGGUCAAGUCCGCAAAUGGGGAGCGCCGCCGCUGCAAGCACUGCCUCAUCUACAAGCCGGACAGGUGUCACCAUUGUCGAAUCUGCAAAUGCUGCAUUUUGAAAAUGGAUCACCACUGCCCUUGGAUCAUGAACUGCGUAGGUUUCAGGAACCACAAGUACUUCUCCUUGCUCGUCGUGUACGCACUUCUGAGCUGCAUGUUUAUCGGCGGCACUACCUUAGAAUCACUCUUCCAAUCAGUGCAGAAGGACAUGCCUGUUUCUCACCGAUUCCUCCUGAUGCUCUGUUUCGUGACCACUGCUUUCAUGGGAGGUCUGCUGAUACUGUUCACGGGCUUUCAUGCCAUGCUCAUGAUGCGGGGGUUGACGACCAUCGAGUUCUGCGAAAAGCAGACCAUGGUUGCGAGUCCCCACGCUGGCAAGGGUUCCAAGUGA